CCUUGUUUGGCGUUUGAGACUUACUCUUCUUGCAGACGUCUGUGGUCGCCUCCUCUGAAAAAUUCAUUGUAGAUUCGAAGUCACUGGAAAGAAGAAACUGGCGAAUUGAUUCUAGAACAGCCAUGUCUGAUAUUGAGGCCGCAAACUUCGGCUUGUCUUCAAACUUAAUGACUGUGAAAAGAGAGACAAAAGAGCAGGCCACUGUUGUUGUGGAGGAGCGUGCUUCAAGAGGAAUGGGUUACAGAGGCGUAAGGAGAAGGCCGUGGGGGAAGUACGCGGCGGAGAUGAGAGACCCAAAGAAAAAUGGCGCUAGAAUUUGGCUUGGAACAUACGAGACAGCAGAGGACGCCGCGUUGGCUUACGAUGGAGCUGCUUUCAAAAUGCAUGGUGCCAAAGCCAAGUUAAAUUUUCCUCACUUGAUCGGCUCUGCUAAUAACAUUGAGGCUGUUAGAGUGAAGCGGAGACGGCGUUCCCCAGAGCCUUCCACGUCAGAUACUGGCUCUCCUAACCUUAAGAGAAGAAGAAACUGAGGCUAGCUCAGCAACUGUUGCCUUCCUGUUGGCAGUAAAUUAAGUGUUCUGAAUUUUCAAGUCUCAUGACUCACGAACGGUCGGUUAUUUUUGAAUGUCAAACGUUUCCAUGUGUUUACUUA